UUACAGUUGGCACAAUGAAGUCUGGCAAAUACCAUUCUCCUGGCAACUGCCAAACCCAGACACGUCCAUCGGAUUGCCAGACAGAGAAGCAUGAUGUCACUCCAGAGAACACGUCUCCACUGCUCGAGAGUUCAGUGGUGGCACCCUGCUCUGUCAGUUGCCAGUUGCUUCCACUUUGUUAUAAUACCACUAACAGUUGACAGUAGCAAGGAAAUGUCACAGAUGGACUUAUUGCACAGGUGGCAAUCUAUCACGGUACCAUGCUUGAAUUCUCUGAGCUCCUGAGAGCAACCCAUUCUUUCACAAAUGUUUGUAGAAGUAGACUGCAUGCCUAG